AUGGCAUCCACUGGAAGAAAGGGAGUGGGGAGACCUAGGAGACGCACUAUGCAGGAUCCGAAAAUGGGAACCUAUGACAAAAAGAGAAGCCUCCAAAAUGUAGCUAUGACACCACUAAAAAUUACCAGAAAGACUCCAGUAACUGAUAAGAAUGGAAGAAAAAGGCCAUAUGCAGGACCAGUGGAGGAGGAAGUGGGGGAUGAAGUACAGAAUAUGUUGGAAAGAUUUGGAGCUGACAUUAAAAAAGCUCUUAUUGCAAAGAGAAGAUUUGACAUGAAUACCAGUGAUUCUGUCAAAAGCAGUAACCAAAACAUUGAACAUGUUUGGAAAACCCAAAAAGAGCAAUGGCAGAAGCUUACUCGUGACUACUCUCAGCAGUUUCUGGCUUUGUUUCAGCAGUGUCAUACAGAUAUCAAGAGAGUUGAGGAGCAAGAAGUAAAACUAAUUGUUGGUAUCAGGCUUAGCUGUAUAAGUAAUCUAUUGUAACCAAGUCUGAAGUAGGAAUGAAUGGAACGCCUAGGCAUAUAGUAGAUCCAUGGAACUGAGCUC